UUCUAAGGUUCUAAUCCAAACGUUGACAACGCAUUUACGUAACCUUCACAAAACAUCACAUCAAUCCGUCUUGUCUCGUUCUGCCAAUCGCCAUGAAACCGAGAAAACGUACUGCAGACGGCGAGGGCGGAAAUGCCCAUAAAAGACAUCGUAAUCCACAAUAUUCUGGAGGGACAAAGACGAACUCGACCAUGGACCCGAAUUACGGCCAACGAAGCGCCUUCGGUGACUUUGAGUGUCUUACAACCGUGCCUGUUGGAGACAGUGAUCUGGACUGGGAGGAUGAUUCCGACGCACUAGCCUACCUUAAAUCUGUGCGAACCCAGGCUUUUACCAUCCCACAUGUCCUCGUCGCGAGUAAAGCUGGUCCACAAUUACCUCCCCAAUCCACACUGCAGUCCGUGGCUAGCAAUCAGCAAGGUGGAGAAGAAGGCAUCGACCGAAGUAUCUAUAAAGAUGGCAGAGGCGAUUUCAGAGGAUAUUAUCACGAUGGAGCGUAUAUCGCGUAUGCACCCAACUACUUAGACGAGGACGAGGACGAGGAUGAAGAGCAAGAUGAAGAAUUUGAUGAAGCAAAUCACGACUACGAAGAAGGCGAAGAAGACGAAAAUCUAGAGCUAGAAUACGAGGAAGAAAACAGCUCCGAGUCCGACAGCGAAGGGCGUCCGCAUAAUAGUAACUCGGACGAGAUCCGCGACGCAUAUUUCGCUUCGCUCACGAACCAAUACCUAGCCCUGCGCCAGAUCCUACAGACCGAGCCACCGCACGACGUACUAUUAUCGCUCCCCAGAUCGAAUCCAACCGAAGUAGGCGAAUUCGGCUCCCGAUCUGACACGUUCCCCAAGUGGUCCGGGCGAAUCCGAGGCACAGAUCCGCUGCCCGCCCAGAUCGCGGGUAUGCACAAGGACGGCGUGAUCCGGCUCCUGCGCAUCAUCCUCGGCGGCAAGUUCCUUCGCAAGAAGCAGACACUCUGGGAGCGCACUAGCAGGUGGGUAUGGGCGCUGCUCGCGCGCCUACCCGAGAGGGGCGAGCUGGACUACCAGGAGAUCGGGUAUAUCCGCGAGUUAGGCAAGAGGGCAGUGCUGCUGAUGGUUAGUCUGGCCGAGAUGGAGGUUCUGAAAGAGCAUUACGAUGUCGGCGAUAGUAGCGCCGAGAGCCUGGGCGAACCCGAAGUUGACGAUGGAGGCAUUGGCGAGGAAUCGAGUCCGGAGGGACCUGACGGCUGGGACGACGUGGAAGAGGAGGCCACAGUUGUUAGCGCCAACGCUACCAAAACAAAAGGAGCUGGCGAGGCGGGAGAGGCGUCGGACGUCGAGAUGCAGAUCGAUUCAGACUCCGAGGCAGAGGACGGGGAAGUAUCCGAAGCACCCCAAAACCAAGCAGAAGAAUCAUCGGCUGACAUAGAGAUGGCCAAGGCCCGGCUCCUGCACCAGCUCGACGCGACGGCCGGGGAGGAGGACGCGGAGCCCGUAGUAGUCCCCAAACCUGAAACCACGGACCUCAUGGACGAAGCCUUCGCGGCCCUCGCCGCGGACGAGGCGGCCCAGAAGAAGGAAGAGCGCCAGAGAGCUAAGAUCAACGAACGCGCCACUUUGAACAUGAUCCUUACUGUCGCCGGUGAGUUCUACGGGCAGAGAGACCUUCUCGAGUUCCGGGAUCCGUUUGGUGGGCUUCAGGUCGAGUAGGUAGACCGAACCAGACCGGGCCCAUAUUGUGUCUAUAUCCAUCCAUGUGAUCAGAUUGUUCUAUAGUACCUCCUAUUCCUAGGCAUCCUGCACCUUGAGCUCUACGCUGUAAGCUGUGUAAGAGAUAAUAAAAACAACCCAAUAUUUUGAAACAUAUCUUGGCGUGAGUUAUGCGCUAUGAGGUUAAAUUGUAUAUCAAUUCGCGAUCUGGUAGUACACCCAACCAACAAACCAACCAACCAAUCUUCCCUUAUUGAUGCGAACCAAUCCAUCCUCAUUCCAAAACUGCAGGAGUAUUCCGGGUAAUUUAUCCCUUGCAUGUACUUACUCUCGUUCCCUCGUGAUACGCACCUAAAUAGAUUGGAUAGGUGUACAUAUACAAACGUGCUGCAACAACAUCCGUGCAACAACAAGCAGCAAUAUAAAACUCCGCAAGCGCCAGCCAACCCGAUCAUGCAGUGUUCGCUAAAAUGUCGUCUCGUCUCGCCCGCACGCCCAUGUUUCAACCCGAUACAAUCCAAUCCGUAACAUAAAAUAGUACAGCAGCACUUGCCGUCGUCUCCCCGGCCUCUAUGCAUAUGUGCAUCUCCCAAAUAUCCCGCGCACCUCCCCCUUCCCACCCCCCC